AUGACGGCUAAAUAUUUUAAGUUUCUACUGUCUUUAUUUCUACUGUCGGUUGCCUUCGCUGCUGAAUUAACAAACGUCACAUAUUCCGGGCUUGAAUUUACUCCAGAAACAUCAGAUCACACGCCUAACAAUGGGUGGGUUGCUUCCUUCAACUUCGAUUUAGAUUCAGCAACAAUAGUGGAACCUGGUGACUAUUUUGACCUUAAGUUCCCUUAUAUUUAUCGUGUUAAAUUCAAUGGCCAAUCAACUGAAUUGCCUAUUACGCUUCAAGAUGGUACUGAAGUGUUUACAUGUAACGUUUUACAACAAGGUGCAUCUCAAUAUUUGGAAUCUAUUGUGAGGUGUACGUCAAAAGUCGCUUUAUCUGAUCAAGAAACAUUAUCUGGGUCUAUCUCAUUUUCUGUAAGUUUUAAUGCUGGUGGUUCUGCAUCAGAAGUUGAUAUAGAAGGUGCACAAUAUUUUAAAAGUGGUACUAAUGAAGUUACUGCUUUAGGUGGUAUUACAGCAGAAAUUUCAUUCAAUGCUGUUGAUUUCAACUAUGAUUUAUAUUAUGCUAUUCGUUCGAUUCCAAGCGAAAGUUUUGGAAGUUACUAUCUGUCUAUGGUAUGCCCUAAUGGUUAUCUACUUGGGGGUACUCAAGAUAUAAAUUACGAUUUUGGAAAUGAUGGAUUCACGUUAGACUGCGCUACGCCAGAAGUCUUUUUAUCGGAUAACUUUAAUGAUUUUUGGUUCUUAAAGGCUUAUGAGAGCGCUGACGCCAAUGUCAUAUGUAUGGGUAAUGAUUUAAACAUAGAGAUGAGUCAAGCAGAUGCAGGUUACGGUUUAUGGAUAGAUGCCCAGCAAUCCUUUCCAAGCGAUGCUACUGCUGUUACACAUUUCGUUAGCGCUAAAUAUAGUUGUACAGAUACACUUGCCAGUACCAAAUAUACCAAUAAAAUUCAAACAACUAUUGUGUACGAAAUUUAUGGAGGUACUGCAAAUGCUGUUGCUUUGUUAGAUACUAUCGACAUACCCGUUACAGUGACAUCGUCGACUACCACUGGCUGGACUGGCACCUACACCACCACUUACUCUACCGAGACUACUGUCACCACUGGCACCGAUGGUUUAACUACCACUGAAAUCAUCUACCAUGUUGAAACCCCAUCGACCAUCAUCACAUCCACCACCACCACUGGCUGGACUGGCACCUACACCACCACCUACUCUACCGAGACAACAGUCACCACUGGCACUGAUGGCUUAACUACCACUGAAAUCAUCUACCAUGUUGAAACCCCAUCGACCAUCAUCACAUCCACCACCACCACUGGCUGGACUGGCACCUACACCACCACCUACUCUACCGAGACAACAGUCACCACUGGCACUGAUGGCUUAACUACCACUGAAAUCAUCUACCAUGUUGAAACCCCAUCGACCAUCAUCACAUCCACCACCACCACUGGCUGGACUGGCACCUACACCACCACAUACUCUACCGAGACUACUGUCACCACUGGCACUGAUGGCUUAACUACCACUGAAAUCAUCUACCAUGUUGAAACCCCAUCGACCAUCAUCACAUCCACCACCACCACCACCACUGGCUGGACUGGCACCUACACCACCACCUACUCUACCGAGACAACAGUCACCACUGGCACUGAUGGCUUAAUUACCACUGAAAUCAUCUACCAUGUUGAAACCCCAUCGACCAUCAUCACAUCCACCACCACCACCACCACUGGCUGGACUGGCACCUACACCACCACCUACUCUACCGAGACAACAGUCACCACUGGCACUGAUGGCUUAAUUACCACUGAAAUCAUCUACCAUGUUGAAACCCCAUCUAAUACUUAUGAUAAAAACUUACCACCUGCUUUGGCUUCUACGACUACCUCAACAUUACACAAUUUGGUAUUCUUAACCACAACGUUUUGUCCUGAGAGUUCCAGUGACAGUCUUUCUUUCGGCAAUAAAUUUAACUCUGGUAACAUCGGUAAUAGUAGUAAUAAAGUGACCAACUUGACCACCUCUGCUACCUCCACUGUUUCUACAAUCUCAACCAUUUCUACUGCUUCAACUAUUUCUACCAGUUCAACAGCCACCACUACUUCUAUGACCUCUUCUUCAACUAUUUCAAAUAUUUUGGUCACUAAAAACACCUCAACCCUUUCAAUUGAAACAUAUGUUCCACAUAUUACAACACAAACAUUGUAUACACAGGAAUCUUCAGAAACUAGCCUGGUCACUUCUUACCCUUCAUUAGAAGUAUAUUCCGAAUCAUCGACGACAACAAGCUAUUCCCUUUCUAUUUUCGAAGAUAUGGCUUUACAAACUAAGACAAAUCUAGGUUCAAUAGUCAUUGCAUUACUGUCCUUCUUGUUAUUAGUUUAA